ACUCUAGUUAAAUGACAUUGAACUGAUAUUUACGGAAUUAGAAAAAAGCAUAAUAAUAAUAAAUAGUUGUAAGCAUCUAUAUUAUUUGUUUGCAUCGAUCUAUUUAUGUGUUGUGUUAUUGGAGAUGAUGAUGGCUCUAGUGUACAUGACACCUCAACUAGGAGAAAAACAAAUUCAGUCGGAAUCAAAAUCUCCACUGAAAUCCUGCAAACAACUGUCAUCAUAUCGUCAACAACAGCAACUUGGAGAACAACAAUUAAAAGUGAAAUUUCUAGGUCUUUCAGGGGGAUAAAAAAGAAAGUCGAUUUGUAUUUGUUGCUGGACAGACGGCGCGGAGGAAGAUCACAAGUUCGUGGUGUCGUGAAGCUGUUGAAGGAGUAAAGAUUGAGACGAAAGCGACACAGUAGGAACGUGUGAGGUAGAUUAGAAAAAUACAUAACAAAACAAAACAAAAAAAAAGACAAACGGUGAUAACACAGAAGGAAAGAAAGAACGGAGAAAAGCAAGAAAGCUACAAUAAAAAAAGAUUAAAUUAAAGCAACAAAAGGGGGGGUACGAAAAAGGAGGUGAAGUAUUAGUAUAGAUUGUAGACGGGGUAGCAGUAGUAAUAGAAGUAGGAAGAGGUGAGACGAAGAAGCAUGCACCAGUCGUUAAGGUCCGUUUAGAAUGCCUCCAGUGUUUACUGCUACCACCACUAUUUUGUUACUACUCUGGUGAUAACGUCUACUCUAACCGCACCCCUAUUUUUUGCUACUACGUCGUAAGGAGUUGUAGUAGUGGUUGUGGGAUAGGGAAAAAAAAAACUAUUGUAAAAGACCACCACCACCACCACCAUCAUCAUCACUAUCACUACGUCUUGCAAUAUUACUAACACCACUACUACUGCGACUACCACCGUUGUUACACCUACUACUACCACCACUACUUGCAUUGGCACUACUACCACCACGUCUGGUCUGGUCCGUGUCAUAGUAAUAAUAUCCAGCAAUACUACUGCUGCAUUACACCAUCAUUGCAUCUGUGAAGCCAGCAGUAGUAGUAGUUGUAGUAGUAGCAGUAGUAGUGAUAGCACCACUACUACUACUGCUGCUGCAGCCGUCAACUAAAGGCGAUAGUAGCCUUUAGGGGGGAAAACAAAAAAAAAAUAUUCAGUAACUGGACGGACGGACGACAACAACAACAACAGCAAGCAACAGCAAAAACGAAGGAAAAAGAGAGACAAAAAUAAGGAUAUUUUAGUUUUGGAGUUGGAGGAGGGAGAAAAAGAAAGGAAAUUAACAACAAUCAUAAUAAUAGUAGUAAUAAUAAUAAUCAUCAUCAUAAUAAGCAUUGAACUACCAGUCAUCUCUCUCCCCCCACUCCCUUCACCUUUCAAAACGUGAUAUUUUUUUUUCUUCUCUUCUCUCGUCCACCCCUCCACCAAAUUAUCGCAACAAACAGUGAUGUUUUCCACGUCCAGUGCAGCUAACGAGAGAUUGACCUAUGAUUUCUCCUCCGAAGCCAACGUAUCCAAGUGGCAAAACCUGUUCACUGCUUCCCUGCAAAAGGUUCAACGCCAAGUAAUUACCAAUCUAACAACACGAGAUGAAGCAUUGGAGUACAUCGAAAAGCUUUGUCUCCAGCUCCUUUUCACAUUGUGUGCAGUGCCAUUACAUACCAUCCAAGAUGUGGAGGAACGUGUACAAAAAAUCAUCCCCACAUCAAUUAAUGUAUGGACGAUACGAGAGGCACAAGGUGCCCUCGAGAAAGGCAAAAAGAACACGUUGGUUUUGCCAGUGGAGAAGGUACACAAUCUCCUCAUCAAGGAGGUUUUCCGUUACAAGGUAGAUUACCAAGUCUCUUUAUAUAUAGUUGCUGUUCUUGAAUAUAUUGCUGCUGACAUACUUAAGCUGACUGACAACUAUGUUAAAAACAUCAAACAUGUUUGUGUCACACAGCAAGAUAUUAAUGUUGCCAUGAAUGCCGACAAGGGUCUCAUGAACCUUUUCUUUCCUGAUGAUGAUGAUAACCCAUCUUUAAUGCUUGAAGAAGAGCCAGUUCGACGAGAUUCAUUGUCUUAUGAAGAGAUUGUUAAAGAUUUUAUCCUUGAAGAGAACCAGUAUCUUCGAGAUUUAAACAUGAUCAUAAAAGUAUUUGCUGCACCAUUUGAGAAGGUUCUUCAAGCAAAAAAAAUGGAAGUAUUGUUUAGUAAUAUAAAAGAUAUAAUGGAAUGCAGCGCUAACCUACUUAGUUCAAUUGAAGACCAAAUGGAAAUAGCCGAAGAAAAUGAAGCACCAACAGCAGGAAUACCAUUUGUAGAAAUGGCUGAAGAAGAAGAAUUCUUUGUUUAUGAAAAGUAUAUGUCAGAUAUGGUUUCAUCUGUUGGAAAGGAGCUUCAUGAUACACUUUUACAGUUGACAGAAACUAUAGACUAUCAUACUUACACUUACAAUUUCAAAGAUGCUGUCAAAUAUGUACUUCCAAAACUGCUGCUUGGACCAAUUUAUCACCUGCUGCAUUAUUUUGAUGUUAUGAAGAUGCUGCAAGACACAAGCCCUAAUGAUGAAGAUAAAGAAUUCUUGGGACAAGCAAUUGGUUUAAUGGUUAAUUUAAAAACAUCUGUAGAAAAGAAGUUUGGAAAUAAUCUUGGCAAACGACGGCCAUGGGAAACCUCAUUACGAUUACAAGGUCAAAGUGGACGACAGGCAGCAUUGGCCAAAAUGAAUGAACUUCAGAAAAGUAUUGAUGGUUGGGAAGGCAAGGACAUUUGGCAAAGUUGCAAUGAAUUUAUUAUGGAGGGAAUAUUACUUAAAUAUACUGGCCGGCGUCCUACAGAACGGUAUGUGUUCCUCUUUGAUGGUUUGCUGGUAUUAUGUAAGCAAAAUCUUCGACGGUCUUCAACAAUGGGACCUGCACCAGAAUACAAACUCAAAGAGAAGCAUUAUUUACGGAAGAUAGAAGUGGUGGACAAAGAAGAUACUGAAGAGUAUAAGCAUGCAUUUGAAAUUCAGAUCCGAGACCAUCCAAGUAUAAUUAUGCUGUGUAAAUCUAUAGACGAAAAGAACACUUGGAUGGCUGCAUUAAUUUCUCUACAAACAAGGAGUAUGUUGGAACGAACAUUAGACAAUAUAUUGAAGGAAGAAGAGAAAGAGCAUCCACUGCAGUUACCCCCACCAUUAAUAUAUAAGUUUGCUGUAGAAGACUCUAGUGACAACAUUGUGUUUGAAGAGAACCAAGAAGCAAGUGGAGAGAGUCCAUUAAUUAAAGGGGGAACUCUCCUUAAACUUGUUGAACGACUCACCUACCAUAUGUAUGCUGAUCCCAAAUUUGUACCAACAUUCCUCACAACCUAUAGAUCCUUCUGUACACCACAAACGCUGUUGGAUCUUUUAAUUGAACGAUUUGAUAUUCCUGAAUCGGAAGUGAAACAACAAAGUGAUGACAACCCCGCCUCUGGUGACCCCACCUCCCUUUCUUUACGUGAUCUCAAACGUCUUCGAAAAGAAUAUAUCAAACCUGUGCAGUUUCGAGUUUUAAAUGUUUUACGACAUUGGGUAGAACGCCACUUUUACGACUUUGAAAGAGACAAAAGUCUACUUCAGAAACUCUUCAGCUUUCUGGAUAGGAUUCAGGGUAAAGCUAUGAGGAAGAUGGCUCGGUCGAUUACAAAAGUAAUUUAUAGAAAGGUUGAGAGUAGUAGUACUGAGAGAGGAACAGUAUUACAAUCUGUACCCCCUCCUUUUGAGUGGCAUUUGGCAUUUGCAAGUGAAGAGUUUGAUCUCAUGACUUUACAUCCAAUAGAAAUUGCCCGUCAGGUAACACUAUUAGAAUUUGAUUUAUACCGAGCAGUGCAACCAUCUGAGUUGGUUGGCAGUGUAUGGAUCAAGAAGGAUAAAAACAAAACUUCACCAAACUUACUAAAGAUGAUUCACCACUCGACUAUGUUCACCUUCUGGUUAGAAAAAUGUAUUAUUGAAGCAGAGAAUUUUGAAGAGCGAGUUGCCGUUGUUUCUCGCAUUAUCGAAAUCCUGUUAGUAUUUCAAGACCUGAAUAAUUUUAAUGGUGUACUAGAAAUAGUAAGUGCUCUCAAUUCAGCUCCAGUAUUCAGGUUGGAGCACACUUUUGAGGAAAUUCCUAGUAAAAUGAUUCGAGCAUUUGAUGAGGCAAAAGAAUUGAAUUCUGACCACUUCAAAAAAUACAUAGAAAAAUUGCGAUCAAUAAAUCCGCCAUGUGUCCCUUUCCUUGGGAUGUAUCUCACGAACAUUUUAUUAACUGAGGAAGGUAAUCCUGAUUUUCUUCCUAAUCGACCUGAGGGUAUCAUAAACUUCAGUAAAAGGAGAAGAGUGGCAGAAAUUACAGGUGAAAUUCAGCAGUAUCAGAACCAACCUUAUUGUUUCAAGGUGGAAUCUUCAAUUAGGGAGUUCUUUGUAAACCUUAAUCCACUUGGUGACCUAAGUGAAAAGGACUUCAAUGACUAUUUAUAUAACAAGUCUUUGGAUUUGGAGCCUCGUGGAGAAAAACAACCACGGAAAUAUCCAAGAAAAACUGAUUUUAAUUUGAAAUCUCCUGGAAUCAAACCGCAGUCUAACCGUCACAACACAACAACCCGCAGUCAUACAUUCAAUUUUGUUCCAUUUGGCCACCAGCGAGUCAAUGAAGAAGACACUGAAUUGAUACAACAUACUCCCCCAGCAACACCAAACACUCCACUCACCCCUACAACUACAGAUGGAAGUUACAGCUUUGCAAAUUCACUAUCUGUCUCAGGAAAUCUCAACCCAGUUUUUAAUAUAAUGUCUUUGAACUCUCCUCAAGAAGAACCUAUUCCACCUAUUCUGCCUCCUCCAUUGCCUCCAAGAAAGCGAGGCAAAGACUCUGUGUCUUCUAUCUUGGACUAUGUGCCUAAUAAGUCAAGUUCAUCAAUGGCCCUUGAACCACCUUCUCUACCUCCCAGGGACAAUCGUGAUAGCAUACCCCCACCUGUUCCACCUCGCAGGGAUGUGGGCUAUGGGACAUUAACACUAGCACAGAGCAUGCCUUUGUCUCGGCCACACAGCCACCCCCACUACAACACCACCCCUCCAGAGCGGAAUUCCGAGCGGAACUAUACCAGUUCAAAUGAUUUCAAUGUUAACGGUGAUAAUACUAUUCCAGAACUGCCUCCUAAGACAUACAAACAUAUACCCAGUUGGCAACAAAUCAGCUCAAAUUGAUACCAGUUCUUUUCCCUCCAUUGAGUCAAGAAAGAGCUGGAUUGCUAACCAAACCACCUUGGAAUGAUCCAUUAAAACAAAAAAAAAAAAAUAACAAAACAAACAAACAAACAAACAAACAAACAAAAAAAGAAACAGAAAUAU